UGUGACGUCUCGGCUUGUCAAAAUGCGUUAUGGCGCGCCGCGCACGCUCGCCAACUGCAGAAUUAUAGCAAGUGGAAAAGAUGGAUAAUAUCCCCAGGACGCACGAUGCCAUUGAGGCGCAGAUCAAGGAAAUUCAGUCGAAGAAGAAGGAAGUUGCACAGCAGAACAAUGAGAAGGGAAUCGGACUGCUGAACAGCGGAAGCUAUUAUGACACGGAACUCUAUGACGAUGGGGGCGACCGUAACAGCAAAUUCGAUGGAUACGUCACUUCCAUCGCCCCAAAUGACGAUGCUGACGAGGAGGAGGACGUGGGGCUGCCAUUGGCCCCGAAUAACAAACGCAACAUCUACUCAUCCAGUCAGGCGAUGAAGGAAAUCAUUCAGAGUGAGGGAGAUUAUGACCCAUUCGCUGAACACAGGCGGCAGACAAUCGCCGAGAAGGAGGAUGAGUACAGACAAAAGAGACGGCGACUCGUUAUAUCACCCGAAAGAGUGGAUCCUUUUGCUGAUGGUGGGAAAACGCCAGAUAUUGGAUCGCGUGGCUUCACUGAGAUUAUGCGAGAGCAAAUGCUGAAGGGAGAAGAAACAGAGCUGCGCAAGAAGAUCUUGGAGAAAGCUAAGGACGGAAGCUUAAAAGUCAGCAAUGGAGAAUCACAGAAAGGCGAGUCGAGGAAGCGUGGACGCUGGGAUCAGACCAUUGACAACUUUGUGCCGGCCAAGAAAUCUCUUCCAGGAGCAGCAACACCAACAUGGGGUGAAGACAAAACUCCUGGUGAUCAUCGCUGGGAUGAGACACCUGGACACAAGGGUAGUGAGACACCUGGAGCCACUCCUGGGCAGAGUACAAGAAUGUGGGAUGCUACACCAGCACAUGCUACGCCAGGCCGCGCAGAGACGCCGGCUCAUGAGAAGUCCACAAGGAGGAAUCGAUGGGAUGAGACACCCAAGACAGAACGCGAAACUCCAGGUCACAACAGCGGAUGGGCAGAAACACCACGAGCCGACAGAACUGGUCAGGAUGUGAUCAGUGAGGCAACGACGCCUGGAACGGCCAGCAAGAGGCGUUCAAGAUGGGAUGAAACACCGUCAAAUGCCACACCAUCGCUUCAGUCGGCUUCAAUGACGCCCAGCAUGACUCCUAGUAUGACGCCUCAUGCCACUCCUGGCCACGCUACGCCUCUUCUGACACCUGGAGGAUCGACACCGGUCGGACACAAGGCUAUGGCCAUGGCGACUCCGACGCCUGGUCACUUGGCGGCGAUGACGCCCGAGCAGCUGCAGGCUUAUCGAUGGGAGAAGGAGAUUGACGAGAGAAACCGCCCGAUAACAGAUGAGGAGUUGGACGCGAUGUUCCCACCGGGAUACAAAGUCCUGCCGCCGCCGGCUGGAUACAUUCCUCUGAGAACACCUGCGAGGAAACUGACAGCGACGCCGACGCCAAUUGCCGGAACGCCUCAGGGAUUCUUUAUUCAAGUGGAGGACAAGUCGGCAAAAUUUGUGGACAAUCAGCCGAAAGGAAAUCUGCCCUUUAUGAAGCCAGAAGAUGCUCAAUACUUUGACAAAUUGCUGCUGGACGUGGACGAGGAGUCGCUCAGUCCGGAGGAACAGAAGGAGAGGAAGAUUAUGAAGUUGCUGCUGAAGAUCAAGAAUGGAACGCCGCCGAUGAGGAAGGCUGCGCUUAGGCAGAUCACGGAUAAGGCGAGGGAAUUCGGUGCAGGUCCACUGUUCAAUCAGAUCCUGCCGUUGCUCAUGAGUCCAACGCUUGAGGAUCAAGAGCGCCACUUGCUGGUGAAGGUGAUUGACAGGAUUCUCUACAAGCUGGACGAUUUGGUGCGUCCGUACGUGCACAAGAUUCUGGUGGUGAUUGAACCACUGUUGAUUGAUGAGGACUACUAUGCGCGCGUUGAGGGACGUGAGAUCAUCUCGAAUUUGGCAAAGGCCGCAGGAUUGGCCACGAUGAUUUCAACUAUGCGACCGGACAUUGACAACAUCGAUGAAUAUGUGCGGAACACAACGGCCAGGGCUUUCGCUGUGGUGGCAUCGGCUUUGGGCAUCCCAUCGCUCUUGCCGUUCUUGAAGGCGGUGUGCAAGAGCAAGAAAUCAUGGCAAGCGCGCCACACGGGCAUCAAGAUAGUCCAGCAGAUCGCCAUUCUCAUGGGAUGUGCGAUUUUGCCCCAUCUCAAGUCUCUGGUGGAGAUCAUCGAGCACGGGCUAGUGGAUGAGCAGCAGAAAGUGCGCACAAUCACUGCGCUGGCCAUUGCAGCGCUCGCUGAGGCCGCCACACCGUACGGCAUUGAGUCCUUCGACUCCGUGCUCAAGCCUCUAUGGAAGGGCAUCAGGACACACCGUGGAAAGGGUCUGGCGGCUUUCCUCAAAGCCAUCGGCUAUCUGAUUCCGCUCAUGGACGCUGAGUAUGCCAAUUACUACACGCGAGAAGUGAUGCUGAUCCUCAUCCGUGAGUUCCAGUCGCCCGACGAGGAGAUGAAGAAGAUUGUGCUGAAGGUGGUGAAGCAGUGCUGCGCCACAGAUGGUGUGGAGGCGCAGUACAUCAAGGAUGAGAUCUUGCCGCACUUCUUCAAGCACUUCUGGAACCAUCGAAUGGCUCUAGAUCGGCGCAACUAUCGUCAAUUAGUGGACACAACGGUGGAGAUUGCCAAUAAAGUGGGCGCCUCGGAGAUCAUCAACAGAGUGGUGGACGAUUUGAAGGAUGAGAAUGAGCAGUACAGGAAGAUGGUGAUGGAGACAAUUGAGAAGAUCAUGGGAAAUCUCGGCGCGGCGGACAUUGAUUCACGACUGGAGGAGCAGCUGAUCGACGGCAUUCUCUAUGCCUUCCAGGAGCAGACGACUGAGGAUGUCGUCAUGCUGAAUGGCUUUGGCACAAUUGUCAAUCAGCUGGGGAAGAGAGUGAAGCCGUAUUUGCCACAGAUCUGUGGUACGAUUUUGUGGCGUCUGAACAACAAGUCCGCUAAGGUGCGCCAACAAGCGGCCGAUUUGAUCUCGCGCAUUGCCGUGGUGAUGAAGACGUGCCAGGAGGAGAAGCUGAUGGGACACUUGGGCGUGGUGUUGUAUGAGUACUUGGGCGAGGAAUAUCCAGAAGUUCUGGGCUCCAUCUUGGGCGCCCUCAAGGCCAUCGUGAAUGUCAUCGGAAUGACGAAGAUGACGCCGCCGAUUAAGGAUCUCCUGCCACGAUUGACGCCCAUCUUGAAGAACAGACACGAGAAGGUGCAAGAGAAUUGCAUAGAUCUCGUGGGACGCAUUGCAGAUCGUGGGCCUGAGUAUGUGUCGGCGCGCGAGUGGAUGAGGAUUUGUUUUGAACUGUUGGAGUUGCUCAAGGCGCACAAGAAGGCCAUCAGGAGGGCGACUGUGAACACUUUUGGGUACAUCGCCAAGGCGAUCGGACCACACGAUGUGCUGGCCACACUUUUGAACAAUCUCAAGGUACAGGAGAGGCAGAACCGAGUCUGCACAACUGUGGCCAUCGCCAUUGUGGCGGAAACUUGUCGCCCAUUCACCGUUCUGCCGGCACUGAUGAAUGAAUAUCGCGUGCCUGAGUUGAACGUGCAGAAUGGCGUGCUGAAGUCACUGUCCUUCCUAUUCGAAUACAUCGGUGAGAUGGGAAAAGACUACAUCUAUGCUGUGUGUCCUCUGCUCGAGGAUGCACUCAUGGACAGAGAUCUCGUGCAUCGACAGACGGCGUGCGCAGCCAUCAAGCACAUGGCUUUGGGAGUCUAUGGCUUUGGCUGCGAAGACGCUCUGGUGCACCUGCUGAAUUACGUCUGGCCGAACAUCUUCGAGACAUCACCGCAUCUUGUGCAGGCUUUCAUGGAUGCUGUCGAGGGACUACGAGUGGCUCUGGGCCCAAUAAAGAUCCUCCAGUACACGCUGCAAGGUCUCUUCCAUCCGGCGAGAAAAGUGCGCGAAGUUUACUGGAAGAUCUACAAUUCCCUCUACAUUGGCGGACAGGAUGCUCUUGUGGCCGGAUAUCCGAGAAUUUCGAAUGAUCCCAAAAACCAAUAUGCUCGGUAUGAUUUGGAUUAUUGUUUAUAAACUCACAUUGCAGUAUGAAAGAAUAGAAUUAAGAUAACUUUAUCGCGAGAGUGUGAAAUCUUGCAGUUUUACCCAUUUGUCGAGAGAAAAUAGAAGUGAGAAUAAAGGUAGAAUGCUUAGAGAA